UGUAUUUUCCUCUCGAAAACAAGGAAAUCAUCAUGGGUCAGGGAACUCCCGGCGGUUUGAACCGGCAAGGAAAUUCAGGCGAUCGGAAGAACGAUGGGGACAAAAAGGAGAAGAAAUUCGAACCGGCAGCGCCGCCUGCUCGAGUCGGCCGGAAACAACGGAAGCAGAAGGGACCGGAGGCAGCCGCUCGGUUACCGACGGUGACGCCGCAUUCGAAGUGUAGGCUACGGCUCUUAAAGCUAGAGCGAAUCAAAGAUUAUCUGUUAAUGGAAGAGGAGUUCGUGGCCAAUCAGGAGAGGCUAAAGCCUCAGGAAGAGAAAACUGAAGAGGAUAGGUCUAAGGUUGAUGAUCUACGUGGAUCUCCGAUGAGUGUUGGUAAUCUGGAGGAGCUUAUUGAUGAGAAUCACGCCAUUGUAUCGUCGUCGGUUGGACCGGAGUAUUAUGUUGGGAUUUUAUCAUUUGUUGACAAGGAUCAAUUGGAGCCUGGGUGUGCGAUCUUGAUGCACAAUAAGGUUCUGUCUGUUGUUGGGCUCCUUCAGGAUGAUGUUGAUCCCAUGGUGUCUGUCAUGAAGGUUGAGAAGGCUCCUUUGGAAUCAUAUGCUGAUAUUGGUGGAUUAGAUGCCCAGAUACAAGAAAUAAAGGAGGCAGUAGAACUCCCGUUGACUCAUCCUGAACUAUACGAGGACAUUGGGAUCAAACCUCCUAAGGGGGUUAUAUUGUAUGGAGAACCUGGAACAGGCAAGACCUUGCUUGCCAAGGCAGUGGCAAACUCUACAUCCGCAACUUUCUUGCGUGUUGUUGGAAGUGAGUUGAUUCAAAAGUACCUUGGAGAUGGUCCUAAAUUGGUUAGAGAGCUCUUCAGAGUUGCGGAUGACCUCUCUCCUUCUAUUGUCUUCAUUGAUGAAAUUGAUGCCGUUGGUACAAAGAGGUAUGACGCCCACUCUGGUGGUGAACGUGAAAUUCAGAGAACCAUGUUGGAAUUAUUGAACCAGUUAGAUGGUUUUGAUUCAAGAGGUGAUGUGAAAGUGAUCUUGGCGACAAACAAAAUAGAAAGUCUUGACCCGGCCUUGCUCCGGCCUGGUCGUAUUGAUAGGAAGAUAGAGUUUCCGCUUCCUGACAUCAAAACCAGGAGACGGAUUUUCCAGAUACACACAUCAAGAAUGACUUUGGCUGAUGAUGUCAACUUGGAAGAAUUUGUGAUGACCAAAGAUGAGUUCUCUGGGGCCGACAUCAAGGCUAUAUGUACCGAGGCCGGAUUACUUGCUUUAAGAGAACGCCGAAUGAAGGUGACACAUGGUGACUUUAAAAAGGCAAAGGACAAGGUUAUGUUCAAGAAGAAAGAGGGUGUACCAGAAGGACUUUAUAUGUGAAAACUGCUUACUUCACUUCACUUAUUUUGGUUGUUUGCAUUAUUAGUAUGAUAUUACUGUCAGUUACUUUACUGAGGUUGGAUGGAAACUUUCAUCUUCAGUUUCUCUCCUCCAUCUUUCUUCUAGCUUCUUUUUUCAUCAUUUUUUUUUUUACGUUGUUUGUUUACUUCUUAAUAGUUCCAAACUCUCUUAUUAGAGGUGAAGUUUGUGAAAGCAUAUUAUUUUGAAACCA